AUAGAAUGACUAUUAUUCAAUUACGGCUUGUGUUCCUUGUGCUCGGCACUGCUGUGCCCAGUGCUUGGAGCAAUUACUACAUUCCGUACUUGGAUUCAGUACCCAUGCCCAGGCCAAUACCCUUCUCAAUGGCUUCAUAUUCAAAAAUUAUGCCGAUCGCUUCGGGUUCGAGGAGCUCUCAGCAGUGUGGUCAAUGUAAACUGCAAUCAUAUUUUACCGAAAAUGACAUUCAAACUGACGCCAAGCUGAACACGUUGGAAUUGAUCGCCAAGUAUGGCUUUCCGUCAGAGAACCAUAUCAUCCAGACAGCCGACGGCUACAAACUCUCUUUGCAUCGCAUGCCACGGCCAGGAGCCAAGCCUGUCCUCCUCGUCCACGGACUGAUGUCCAGCUCGGCAUGCUGGGUACAGCUCGGGCCGAGCCUCGGCCUGGCCUACCUUCUCUACCUAAAGGGCUUCGACGUCUGGAUGCUGAAUACCAGGGGAAACAUUUACUCACGCGAUCACGUAAGGGGCCGAAUCCCCGACUCAGAGUACUGGGACUUCUCGUAUCACGAGAUCGGAACCCACGAUCUGCCGGCUGCCGUGGAUGCGAUCAUCCAGAAAACGAAUCAGCAGCAGAUCCAGUACAUUGGACACUCUCAGGGCUCCACGGCGUUCUUUGUGAUGAGCAGCGAAAAGCCGCAGUACGCCAACAAGAUUAGCCUCAUGCAGUCGCUGUCCCCAACGGUCUAUCUGGAGCACAACCGUAGUCCUGUGCUCAAGUUUCUGAGUGUCUUCAAUGGUGGGUUUGCGUUGCUGAUCGAACUUCUGGGAGGCCAUCAGAUCUCGCUGACGACGUCACUUAUCAAAAAAUUCAGUAAACACAUCUGCUCGUUGUCAGUAGUGACCAGUCGCAUCUGUGCCAUCUUCGACUUUAUAUUGUGUGGCUUUAACUGGCAGGGCUUCAAUCAGACCCUUUCCCCUAUAAUAGAGGGCCACUCCUCGCAGGGUGCCUCCGCCAAGCAGAUCCUCCAUUACGCCCAGCAGCAAGGUCAGCAGACGUUCCAGCGUUAUGACUACGGCAAAGUCCUGAAUCUUCUCCGUUACAAGGCCGCUUACCCGCCCCAGUAUAACCUAUCGCAGGUGAACAGCAAGGUCCAGCUGUACUCCGGCAGCGGUGACUGGAUAGGAUCCUUUGCAGAUGCCACCAGGCUGCAGAACCUAUUGCCCAACUGCAUUGGGAACACCCAGGUGGCGUCCGAGGGCUUCUCUCACUAUGACUUUACAAUCUCAAAUGACAUCCGUUCCCUUGUCUACGAUCAGGUCAUGGGGCAGUGCCAAAACAAUUAAAGUUUAGAAUUAUUUUUAAACCGAUUAAUAAGAUGGAAUUGAUACAAUAUAUUUGCCAAAAUGUC